AUGCCUAACGUUACAGCUUCCGAUGGAUGGUGGUCUUUUGAGAAUGUCGGCCCUCUCACAACAACAUUCGCCCGGCCCACGAGCUGUUCCAUUCUUGAGCUUGGUCACAUGAGCAAUGGGAUUUUCUGGGGUAGAUUUGACGUUCAAUGUACUUCAUAUGACUCAGCCUGCUAUCCAGCCAUCACGACUGCAACAUCAUCCGUUGACCUUAGUGAAUUUGCUGGAUAUGGAGGGUACUUCUCGCCAGGUUUAUACUGCCCCUCUGGCUGGGCGACAGUCGGUGUAGCAGCCCGCGACGAGAACCAUUCGCUCAGCAAGUCGGGAUUCAUGACUACCUCGACGAGCAAGCAAGAAGCUGCAUUCGACUACCCGCAGACUCUCCUAGCCAGCAUACUGGAGCCUAGCCAGACUAUGGCUCUUUGCUGCCCGAGCUCGAUGACCCCAGAUGUCGGUGGUGCUUGCGUCUCCACUAUGCCGGACAUGAAGCCAACUUCGGGAUGUGUCGUCUACGAACAGUACCAAUGGGAGGGAACCGCUUCUCCUUUGUCGACCACGGUUCAACCCAGUCUGGUAACUUCUACGGAAACUAGGAGCGAAUACCUUUCCACUUUGACUGUUUACUCAUGGGCACCUAUGAUCACACUCUUGCACCAUCAAUCUGAUCUGGACUCGGCUGCCACUGGCACGUCUGAGUCUGGAGCCACGAGUACCGCUACAACUACGUCGAAUGCUGCAGGCAGAAUAGGCUCGCAGGGGUCGUGGGGUGGGUUGAGCGCUUCGCUUGGUCUCUCUGCUCUUGCGAUGGCUCUGGGAGCUAGUGUCAUUUUCAUGGCGUAA